CGCUAUACAUCGCUAUGCACUAAAUUAAACACGUGCAUAUAUGUACGGUAGGUUAAAAUUAAUAUCUGAGUGGUUGGAAUAAUUAAAUACGAAAGUUGCCUUAUAAGCAUGAACAGUAUUGUCUAAAAAUCGACCGGAGCUCGAGCAAGAAACAAGCAACUAAACAUGCCGUAACAAAAAUCGUCAACAGUCCACUCUCGCUGUAACCGAGUACCGACACAGUGGUGAUGGCGCGAACUACAAAUAUGGCAGCAGACGACAUAGAACAUGCACUAUAUUUUAAGACUGGCAGACUGGCAGCUGCACAAUGUUCGAACCUUACUCAUUCAGUUUUCUUAACAAAGAACAGAAAAGCGACAGCCAAAUCCAGAUUGGAGUAAAUCAGAUUUGCUGCGACUUCUUGGCUACCUGGAAGGGGAACUUCAAGGCAGAGAUAUUACCAUUGCUACUCUACGGGCAGAGAAAGCCAAAAACUUGCUGUUCCAAGCUAAAUAUGGUCGUUUUGGAUUGGGCGAUCCCUUCAUUGCGCUGCAGAGGGAUUCUGACAACAUGAAGGAUACGAGCUUUGAUGAACCGGCCAUUAAAUCCAUGUAUGAUAACCAGCUGGCCCAGCUUGAAAAUCUUAUUGCUACGCAGAGAAAAGCUCAACUGAAAAUGCGGGAACAAUUGGCCUCAGCUGAGAAACGUUACCAUAAGAUUAUUUCUGAGUUGGAAGACGAAAAACGCAAGCAUGCACAAGACACCGCUCAAGGUGACGAUGUGACAUACAUGUUGGAAAAGGAACGUGAACGAUUGAAGCAAGAGAUUGAUUUUGAGAAGGCUCAAGUAAAACGAAUGGAAAAAGACUUGAAAAAGACACUGGCCAGUUUAGAGGAGGAACGUGCCAAUUCGUUAAAGCAUAAAAAAGUUGCACUCAUGUUGAUCAAGGAGCGCAAGAAGUUAAUGGAGCGAAUGCUUCACGAAAAGAACAAAAGUGUUCAGAUUGAGCAGAUUCUCGACGAAGAAAAGGACAAGAUGAUCAACAUGGCGGAAGGCCUCGUUCAGGAGAGCAAAAAAUCACUGAAAAUGGAGGCUGCCAUGGAGAAGCAGAUCAGUGAAUUUGACAUUGAGAGGGAGCAGUUACGAAACAAACUGUCGCGCGAAGAACAGCGCAACAAAGACCUGCAGUCUCAGGUGAACUCCCUGACUCAGCACAUAGACGACCUGCAGAAGCAUCUACACACCGUGGAGAAGUCUGUGCCCCACAGUACGUUACAGAGCAUCGAAAUCAAAUCUAGUGCAUCUCCUGUCAGAGGCCAGGCUGGUGGAGCCGGUCUCGUUCAAUCAGGGUUGAAAGUCUCGCCAAAAUCUACAAAAGCAGUAACUGUGGAAGGCCGUAGUUCCGCCUCCCCCGAUAGAGACUACAGUUACAGAUCUGCAGAUGUUUUGUUAAAAAAGCCUGUGAACUAUAGUAGCCCAUCUUCUCCCACAUCUUUUGAUAGACUUGACUCAAGAUCGGAUCAACGUGUUGCCCCAGUAGGGGCGUCGUAUGUUGAAAGGUCUCCGGAUGGAAGUCCCACACACAGAGUGCACCUCGCCCAGGGUUCUAGUGCUACCGUGGUUACGCCGGGCGGCGGAAAGAUCUCUUUUCAUGUCGGACAAAGUGGUGGUGGUGGUGGUUCACCUCGUAAGAUGGCACCCGCUGGUCGGGGAGCGCCACCGCCACUGCCCCCUAAUAAACCUGUUCUCAAUCCGGCGGCAGCAGGACCAAAGCCUGUUCUCCCGCCCAAAGUGGGAGCCGCUUCCUCAAAGGACCAUGUUAGUGUGUCAGGCCAGGAGGCCGGGGACCAGCAUAGUAGACCUGUAAACUCCCUUAAGUCUGUACAAAUUCCCGUCAAUGUGGUAGGUGGACAGUCCGCGGCGCCGGGGAGUCGCUCCUCAUCCCGGGACACUUCACCCAUGAGGAAAACGGCACAGUCAUUGGCCAGUCAGGCUUUGGAGUACUCUGAAGUUACUUCCCCUGUCACCCCUACCUUGGACUUUCUUGGCCCUGAAAUGGCCGACUUGCAACAAUUGCUUGCUACCAUGACAACAGGUGAAACCAGUGCGAGUAGUACAUCUAGUUUAGUGAAUAUAGCCAGCCCCCCUGUACAUUGUUCUCCCUACGACAUUAGAAACUCUCCUCUUCACAAACAUGCUGCAUGUGGACAAGUAGACUCUCUCAGGACUCUCAUACUAGACUGUGAUGCUGAUGUUAAUCUUCCUGUAAAGAACGGCACCACACCUGUCCAUUCGGCUGUCGAGUUUGGACAAGUUGGUUGUCUUCAGUUUCUCCUCGAGAAUGGAGGUAAUGUAAAUGCUCAGCGAGACAACCUGUACAGUCCUCUUCAUAUAGCUGCAGAAGUGGGACACAUUGGUUGUUUGCAGCUGCUGCUAAUAAAAGGUGCUGAUGUGAAUUUGACAAAUCACUUGAAUGAAACGCCAUUACACGUGGCAGCCGUCAGAGGUAGACACGGAUGUUGCCAUCUCCUCAUUGAACAUGGGAGCCAUCCUCUCCUGAUGAACACGUCAGGUCACACUCCCUUACACUGCAGUGUUCUACGUGGACAUGCCAACAUCCUAGAACUUCUGUUAAACCACAUUUCUCACCACCGGAUCGAUGACAACGAUUAUCAUGCACAUCUCCAGCAAGCCAUCGUGUCUGUUGACAAAGAUGGCUGGUCCAUCGUACACAUGGCGGCUUCGUUGGGAAAUGAGGCAUGUUUGAAAAUUCUGCUGGAAAUGGCCCCUGUGGAUCUAGACAUUAAAGACAAUCUUGGUAGAUCUGCGUAUGUUGUUGCCUCAAAGAGAUGUAGAGACUUCUUGAAUGAAAUAGGUCACAAAAACAGUCAGCAUGUCCAAGUGUGUGUUGAGCUGGAUAUCCCGUUUGAUAAGAACAUUGUUCAUAAAAGUUACGUUAUUGGCACUGUCGAGGUGUCCCAGCAGUUGAUGUGGCACCCUCUGGAGGAUCGCCUGCAGUGUCUGUUGUGCGAUUAUUUUGUGGGUCUCGACCAUGGACUGAGGACACGAAAAAUCUCUCGAUUAGAGCCAGAAACACACCACCACGACUUGCACAGCACCUUGGGCUUGACAACCGUCAGUAUUAAACAGUUUCAAAUCAGUUAUUUUGUUUGGAAUCCAGGAGCUGUAUCGGACAAACUACCUUAUGAUAUCUUGUGCAAUAAUGAUGUCAAGAAAAUCAGUAUUUUUCUCGAAAAUUCGACUAAUGGUUGUGAGACUCUGGCGUUUGACAUGCUAUAUCCAGUACAAACCUUACAGAAUUACCUCAGACUGCUGGAACAGUACAAAAGUGUUGUGUUUUAUGGUCCAGUUGGAAGUGGAAAGUCGUACCUCACAGAGACGUUAGCCCAUUGUAUUGCAAAUAAAGAAAGAUGUGCCAACAGGGAGCCUAUUAUUUACAGAGUUCCCCUCAACUGUGGUUUUACAAAUGCUGAUCUUCUAGAGUUUCUCAAACAGAAAGGGUGUAUGGUUCAUGUGCGGGACAGUGUACACAACAAGUCGCCCAUUGUAAUCUUAGAUGACCUUGAAAAAGUGAACAUUACGCAGCUGUUUGGUGACCUUUUGGAUCCUAUAGAAUACAGAGGGAAAACGUACAGCUUCCGAAUAAAAGGCGAAGUGGAUUCGGGUCAGGAGAACUACUACUUCCUUGACAACUUCUACCUCUUGGCAACCAUGAACCGAGCAAGAUCAACUGGCCUGGAUCUUCACAUUCAGCAGCGGUUGCGCUGGGUUCACUUCCGCCUGGAUACCGAGCCAUUCAGCAAUCUGUUGGCGCGCCACCUCCAGCGACAGCUCUGUCACUUGUACGGCGGCCGGCUUCCCACCACCGACGACCCCAUCUUCAAGUGUGUCGAGUGGAUCAUUUGUGUGUGGCAGAGACUCAACGACAGUCUCAUCAAACUCGGCCUGCCUGAUGUCGCCUUUGGGCCAUGCUUGUUCUUCAGUUGUCCUUUGGAGAGAAGGGAUCCUCAGGAAAUCCUCAAAUGGAUGAAGGAUCUAUGGAAUAACGUGAUAGCGCCGCAGGUUUGUAAUGCCGUCAAGCGUGGAACAGGUUCAGACCCGGCCACCGAUGGACAGAAGAAGGUGGCCAAUACAGCCCUGUACGUACUGAUGCAGCGGUCAGUGGUGCUCGGCUGCUCACUCACAGGGAAAGAAAAAGAUUUGUACUUGUCAGGCUUCAGUGGCAGUAAUGAACUUGACAUUCCUCUGAGAUCGGAGAAGUGUUCUUCCCUGGGGGUACAUCUCGGUGGCAACAAAGAGGCAGGGUCCGACAAAAGUACAAAGGAGAGACAGCCUCGUGUGGAAGUGCUGAUCAGUGAUGGGCGACACAAGCACAAACACAGAUGGCUGGAUCAGCAUUUCAGCAAUGGAUUAAGCAACAGUAAGCGCCGCAGUUUAUCGGACUCCUCUGUAGAUAGAACAGCACAUUUGGAAAAAUUUGAGCAACAGCAACAGCAACAGCAACAACAACAACAGCUACAGUUACAGCAACAGCAACAACAGUUGCAGCAGCAUCAGAAACAACAGAAAGAUGGCGAAGUCCCAGCAUCUCAGCCGAAGAUGCGUAAAUUGGAAAUCCGUUCUCCAGUUCUGUUGCCUCUGUCAUCAUCCACGAGAACGUCUCAGUUCGAUCACCACUCGUCAGCCAAGCGGACGCCCAAUUCACUCUCACACCAGCAUCACAGCUCUUCUUUCGGAUCCAAGAAAUCGCGCUCGUCAGAAAACAUUUCCGCAGACAGUUACCACUAUGCUUCAUCGCACAGGAGAGCUUCUAACCCUUUCUCUUUUUCUCUGACAAUGCCGACGCCGAGUCUGAACUCAUUCAUGUUUCCUGGAGCUGAUUCCCCUGGGUCAGCCAGCCUGACUGGUGGAUCGAGUCCCAAUUUGAACUCUCACUACUUCUCUAUGUCGUAUGCUCGUCGGAGGUCCGAUCUUGAAAACCACGACAUCAUAUCUUCCAGAUAUUUGGACAAUAAAGAUGUCGUCAGCAGUUGACACAGAUAUGGUUGUUAGAUGUCGGUGUUCAGCACCUUCUAUGUUUUUGCCAUCAGUUCUGGUUAUAAUGUGUACUUUAGUUAGAUGUGGAUGUUAUACUGGGGUUUAUAAUGUUUUCAUCCAAAAGUAUUGGACCAGUUCGAAUCAAGAAAAUAAUAAUGGAAAACAAUGAUGUUAGAUUGUAUUCCUGGGGAAAAAACUGUCUGUCUUUCUGCAUUUCUCUUCUCUUGCAUCUGGGUGGGACGUAGCCCAGUGGUAAAGCGUCCGCUUGAUGCGCGAUCGGUCUGGGAUCGAUACCUGCCAGUGGGCCCAUUGGGCUAUUUCUCAUUCCAGCCAGUGCACCACGACUGGUAUA